CCUUCCUGGCUAUCGGCACCCUCCCUUGGGGUUUUAAAAACCACAGCCCUCAGACAUGAGGGACCUUUGAUCAGCGGGAAACUCGGGAGACCUGAAGAUGGACUCCAUGGAAACUAACACCACUGAUUUCUACAAUUAUGAUGUCUCCCUGGACCCCAACGUCUCAGUGGAUAACUCUUCCCACACCGGUCGCCUGAACAUUCUGAAUGUGGUUGCCCUGGUGAUCUUUGCGGCCGUCUUCCUGGUGGGAGUGCCAGGCAAUGCCCUGGUGGUCUGGGUGACAGGGUUCGAGGCCAAACGAGCCAUCAACGCCAUCUGGUUUCUCAACCUGGCGGUGGCCGACCUUCUCUCCUGCCUGGCACUGCCCAUCUUGUUUGUGAGCAUCCUCCAGGAGGACCACUGGUUCCUGGAUGACGUUGCCUGCCGCAUCCUCCCCUCCCUCAUCCUGCUGAACAUGUACGCCAGCAUCUUGCUUCUGGCCGUCAUCAGCGCAGACCGCUUUCUGCUGGUGUUUAAUCCUAUCUGGUGCCAGAACUACAGAGGGGCCCACUUGGCCUGGGUGGCCUGUGGUGUGGCCUGGGGCUUGGCCCUGCUGCUGACCCUACCCUCCUUCAUAUAUCGUAAAGUGCACCAAGAAUACUUUCCAUCCAAGACAUUGUGUGUUGUUGACUACGGCCAAGAUGAUGUCCAUAAACAGAAGGGCGUGGCUAUGCUCCGGCUGGUCAUGGGUUUCCUGUGGCCGCUGGUCACACUUACAAUCUGUUAUACCUUCCUUCUGAUCCGGACGUGGAGCCGCAGUGCCACGCGCUCCACCAAGACGCUCAAGGUGGUGGCGGCAGUGGUGCUCAGCUUCUUCGUCUUCUGGCUGCCCUACCAGGUGAUAGGGGUAAUGAUAGCCUUCUUCCCCACGACCAGUAACACCUACAAAGUCACGUCCAGGUUGGAUGCUCUGAGUGUCUCCAUCGCUUACAUCAACUGCUGUAUCAACCCCAUCAUCUAUGUGGUCGCGGCCCAGGGCUUCCACUCCCGGUUCCUCAAGUCCAUCCCUUCCAGGCUCCGGAAUAUGUUGACCGAAGAGUCCAUGGUUAGGGAGAGCAAGUCUUUCACGCUCUCCACGGUGGACAACACAGCCCAGAAGAGCCAGGCGGUGUGAGGGGAGGCACGUGGCUCCACCAUUCUGGUCCGUUCUCUUUCUGCUUAUUUGAACUCAGCCCUGGGUGAGCUGGUAUUGUUUUAGUGAACUCUUCUCCUUCUUUUCCCAGGUGAAAUCUCCUCAUCCUUCCUCGUUUCCAAGGUCAAUACUUCCUUCUAGGGGCGCGGAACUUUUCUUUUCAUGCAAGGACAUUGAAAACAAACAGAAAGCAAUACACCUGGAGUACCCCCAGACAGCGACACGUUUGCACAGGCAGAGAGUGUGAAUACAAUACAUUAGACACAUAGAAUAGACAAAGAGAAACAUUCUAACCUUUCAAAGAAUAGUUCUGUGUUUAUGUAAUGCAGACUUGGGAAAAAAAUGUUAUCUGGCAUCUCAAAAGUUAUUCUUGUUUAGGACAAAGCGAAAGUCCAUGGAUCUACUAAGCUUUGAUAAGUGAGUUGAUUUCAAGAAAAACAGUAAGUUACACUGUUACUUAAAUAAGUUUCGAAAAAGCUUUAAGUAAAAAGAUGGUAUGUGGUUAUGGGAAAAAACAAGUGUGAGCAAUGUUUUGAAGGCUGACAGUAGUAGACAUUGGUUGGGUACCUCUAGACAAUGGGGUCACAAAGGAAUUUGACUUUUAUUUUGUAAACUACUGUUUGUUGGCACUUACAAAUAAUUAAACUUUUAUUUUGAUAUUAUUGUAGACUUAGUGUCCAGUUGUAAGUAAUAACAUAGAGGGGAUCUUGCGCCGGUGACCUAUUUCCCUCAAUAGAAACAUCUUGCAAAACGACAUUACGCAGUCACAACCGGGAUGUUGACAUUGAUACAGUACAGGGACAGGACACUUUCAUCACCAGCAGGAUCCCUCAUGAUCCCUUCUUCUAGCCACCCCACUUCCCUCCAGCACUCCCAGCCUGUCCUGAACCCCCAGCAACCAUGAACUGCUUUCCAGCUCUAUAACUUUUGCCCUUUCAAGAAUGUUGUAUCAGUGGAAUCCAUACAGCGUGUAAGUUUUUGACUGUUUAAAAAGCUAGCAUCCGUCACUUGAAUAAUGAAAAUAAAAAUAAAUGUUGAAAUGUU